AUGGCUGAACAGUUUACCAGCCUUAUUGAUUCCAUCGAUGGAUUGAGCCUUGCUGAUAGGGCAUUUGGACUGACGGGAUCAGUCUCUGAAUGUCCAAGUUCGGCUCAGCCAGGUCUCGUGGAGGCCAUUCGGACAUUGAUACAAUCUUGCAAGGAUACUUCAGUACACGCACAACAGGCCAAGACUUUGGUCGAAGGCACGCAUACUCCGAGCAGCCAGGGCAUUUUGAAAUUAAGCUCUUUGAGCAGAAGAGCCGCCGCUCUUGUGAGGAUCACAGAUACAAUCGGCGACGCAACAGAAUGCUAUAUCUUAGCUUACAUCACAUCCCUUGCUAAUUCAGGGACACUGGUGCAGAAAAUGCUAUCGCAUUAUACUGCCGAAUUGAGGAACAUCGCACGCGAUGUUCUUAAUAGCACCGGUGAUGACAGCAAUGUUCUGCGGGAGACUUUAGAAAUAUGCUAUGGUCAGGGUCUUCAUACCUCUGGGAGGCUGCACUCUGAUAAAUACUUUGUUCCCCUGGGCGAAGCCAAUCUUGAAUGGCCCUACGACCCCGAACUUCGAGAGUGA